AGCGAGUCUUCAUUGUAGUUUCUCCAUACUUUUAAAAUUUUGAAUCGUGUCACUGUCACAUUUGGUUGUAAAAAGUAAACAAUUAAAUAUAAUAUUAUCUUUACAUAGCGAAAUAGCAAAGUAUUUACUUUAGUUAAAAAAUGACUGAACUGGUAAAUGAGUUUAGUGAAAAAGAAAUUUCAAGAAUCAAAGAAGAAUUUAAAAGGAUAGACGAUAAAAUAUAUGUAGAUCAUGCUGGAACUGCAUUGUAUUCAGAAAAACAAAUUGAUUGUGUCUCAAAAUUAUUAAAAGAUAAUAUUUUUUGCAAUCCGCAUACAUGCAAAAUAACAGGAGAUCUCGUAGAUCAAGUAAGAUUUAGAAUUCUGAGUUUUUUCAACACCAACUCCGAAAAAUACACAAUUGUGUUUACUGCUAAUGCUAGCGCUGCACUUAAGACUGUUGCAGAAUGCUUUGAUUUUGGAACAAGCGGAUCAUUUCAUUAUUGUCAAGAAAACCAUACUUCUGUCCUAGGGAUGCGAGAAGUUGUUCAAACUAAAAACGUUUCUGUUUUAACUAGAAGUGAUAUUUUGAAAAAUAUUUCAUCAAAUCGAAGAAAAAACUGUGAUUUCAAGAAAUUUUCCGGGAACUCGUUGUUAGCUUUUUCAGCCCAAUGUAAUCUUAGUGGUUAUAAGAUGCCACUAGAUGUAAUUGAAAGUAUACAAAACAAAGGAAUUAUAGACCACGGAAAAUACAUCCGUGGGGAGUUGGAUCAUACAUCAGAAAACAAAUGUUUUAUUUGUUUAGACGCAGCUUCAUUUGCUGCUACGAAUUUUUUAGAUCUUAAAAAAUAUAGUCCGGAUUUCGUGUGCAUUUCUUUUUAUAAAAUAUUUGGAUAUCCUACAGGCUUGGGAGCACUUUUAUUGAGCAAAAGAGGGCAAAGUGUUAUGAAAAAAAAGUAUUUUGGUGGUGGAACUGUGAAAAUUUCAAUGACUUGUAAAGAUUUCCAUGUAAAGCGCGAUAAUUUUGCGGAGCAAUAUGAGGAUGGAACAUUAUCUUUUUUAAGUAUAGCUAGUUUGUUAGAAGGGUUUAAAACUCUUGAAAGAUUAGUGCCUUCAACAAAUGAUUUAAGAAGUCAACAAAGAAUCUCUAGGCAUGUUUUUAAUUUAGCUAAAUAUUUUUAUGAAUCUUUAAAUGAUCUAAGACAUGAAAAUGGUCAAAAGUUAAUUGAAUUUUAUAAUCAUACAAAUUAUGAAUCAUCUGAGACACAGGGAGGAAUAGUUUGUUUUAAUAUUUUACAUGAAGAUGGUAGUUAUGUUGGUUUUGCUGAGGUUGCUUGCAUCGCUGCUGUUUACAAUAUAAUAUUAAGAACUGGUUGCUUUUGUAAUGCUGGUGCAUGUCAAUCAUUUUUAAAGUUACGGGAUGAAGACAUUGUCAAACAUUUCCAAGCGGGACAUGUUUGUAGCGAUUAUAAUGAUUUGAUAGAGGGUCAACCUACAGGUGGUGUAAGAAUUUCUUUUGGAUAUAUAACUCAAAAAUCAGAUGUGGAUGCCGUACUGCAAAUGUUGAAAAAUUGUUAUGUCUCAGAAACUUCUCAAAAAAGACUUGAAAUUAUUAAGUCUAAAGAUCUGCCAAAAGCACUUAGACACAUUCCAGAACGUCUAAGUCGAGUCAAAGCACAGUUAACUAAAAUUUGCAUUUAUCCCAUAAAAUCCUGUGCCGCUUUCGAAAUCAAUGGCGAAACCCAGUGGGAAAUAACAGAGAAUGGCCUAAAAUAUGACAGAAUUUGGAUGAUAGUGGAUUCAAACGGAAUGGCAUUUACUCAAAAACGUUGCACACAGCUCUGUCUAAUUAAGCCACGUAUAAACUUAAAGUCCAAUCACUUAGAACUAAGCUUUAAGGAAAAAGUUUCAACACCAAUUCCUUUGCAAGUUUCAGUUGAUGAAACAAACACUAUCACGACAAAUUUUUGCCAAAGCAAAGUGUGUGGGGACUCUAUUCAAGGUUUCGAUUGCGGCAACGAAAUUGCUGCUUGGUUGUCAGAUGUUUUAAGUACUCCUGGUCUUCGUUUAAUUCGACAAAACGAUAAUUCAGAACGCAAAUAUAGCGACGGGACUUCUAAAGAAAUUAAUUUAUCUAAUCAAGCCCAAUAUUUAUUAAUAAAUAAAUCAUCUGUUGCAUGGUUGUUAAAAAGAAUUCCCAAUUGGCAAAAAAAUAUGAACUCUUUAGAUGAUGUUGUAAAAAGAUUCAGAGCAAACUUAAUUAUAGAAAAUUGCUGCGCAUUCGAGGAGAACAAUAUUAAAAAUCUACAAAUAGGUGAUAUCGACUUCAAUAUUGAAGGUCCGUGCACACGAUGCCAAAUGAUUUGUAUCGAUCAAAAUACUGGGGAUAAAACUGCUGAGCCUCUAAAAACUAUUGCAAAAGAAUUUCAAGGAAAAAUAAAAUUUGGUAUUUAUUUAUCACAAAAGAUUUUGGAUGAGGGGCCUGCAAAUAAAAGUAUAUCCUGCAAUGAUAAAGUUACUCUAGCAAAAAAUUAAAACGUUUUUAUUUGAUUUACAAAAAAUAUAUUUAAGACUAUAGAACACAUAUGUAUAUUAUGUACUAUGCUAUGACAUACAUAUUUUUUAAUUUUUUUGUAUUUUCCUGUGAAAAUCACGUCAGAUUAAAAUUUAUAAAAUUCUAUUUUAUCAUUCA